UGGAGCCGCGCCACGCCCCGCCCGCUCCCGCCCACUCCCCCCCGGAACCGGUGGCCGAGCUCCGGCCGCGGGCAGUGGAGCAGCGACGGCGCCGAGGAGCCGCGGGGAUGAGCGCCUCCCGCCGCCCCGCGUCCUGGGUCCGGCCCUUCUGACAGAGACUUCGGGCUCCUGGAGGAUAGUCCACGUCUACCCUUGAGGCUCCUCUCCCCGCACUCGGCGCACAGCAACGCCCUUAAUGAUCGUCCUCUGCAGGGCAGGUGUGAGAAGAUCGCAGGUCCAUCACAAUCAUGGUGCAGAAAUACCAGUCCCCCGUGAGGGUGUACAAACACCCCUUCGAGCUGAUUAUGGCUGCCUACGAAAGGAGGUUCCCCACGUGCCCGCUGAUCCCGAUGUUUGUGGACAGCGACACUGUGAAUGAAUUCCGGAGUGAGGACGGGGCCGUUCACAUCAUAGAAAGACGCUGCAAACUGGACAUAGACGCACCCCGGCUGCUGAAAAAGAUUGCGGGAGUUGACUAUGUUUAUUUCGUCCAGAAAAACUCACUGAAUUCCCGGGAGCGCACUUUGCACAUUGAGGCCCAUAAUGAGACGUUUGCUAACCGGGUCAUCAUUAAGGAGCACUGCUGCUACACCGUUCACCCUGAAAAUGAAGAUUGGACCUGUUUCGAACAGUCUGCAAGCUUAGAUAUUAAAUCUUUCUUUGGUUUUGAAAGUACAGUGGAGAAAAUUGCAAUGAAACAAUAUACCAGCAACAUUAAAAAAGGAAAGGAAAUCAUUGAGUACUACCUUCACCAGUUGGAGGAGGAGGGCAUCACCUUCGUGCCCCGCUGGACUCCGCCGCCCCUGGCGCCCUCUGCGGAGACGGCUGCGUCGUGCAGGAAGCGAGCCGCGUCGCUGGCCUCCGUGGCCCCAGAGGCUGCGCAGAAGGAGGGGCUGAGCAGCGAGGCCCUCAGCAGCCCCAGCGGGGCCUCUGAGCCCGCCGCGGGGACCCCCGACGACAAGCUGGACGCAGACUACAUUAAGCGGUACCUGGGCGACCUGACCCCGCUGCAGGAGAGCUGCCUGAUCCGGCUGCGCCAGUGGCUCCAGGAAACGCACAAGGGCAAAAUCCCCAAAGAUGAGCACAUUCUCCGGUUCCUACGCGCCCGGGACUUCAACAUCGACAAAGCCAGAGAGAUCAUGUGCCAGUCGCUGACCUGGCGCAAGCAGCACCAGGUGGACUACAUCCUCGACACCUGGAACCCGCCCCAGGUCCUGCAGGACUACUACGCGGGAGGCUGGCACCACCACGACAAAGACGGGCGGCCCCUCUACGUGCUCAGGCUGGGACAGAUGGACACCAAAGGCCUGGUGAGGGCCCUCGGGGAGGAGGCCCUGCUCAGAUACGUCCUCUCCAUCAACGAGGAAGGGCUGAGACGCUGUGAAGAAAACACCAAAGUCUUCGGCCGGCCCAUCAGCUCGUGGACCUGCCUGGUGGACCUGGAGGGGCUGAACAUGCGCCACCUGUGGAGGCCCGGCGUCAAGGCCCUGCUGCGCAUCAUCGAGGUGGUGGAGGCCAACUACCCCGAGACGCUGGGCCGCCUGCUCAUCCUGCGGGCCCCCCGCGUGUUUCCUGUGCUCUGGACGCUGGUCAGCCCGUUCAUCGACGACAACACCAGGAGGAAGUUCCUCAUCUACGCCGGGAACGACUACCAGGGCCCCGGGGGCCUGCUGGACUACAUCGACAAGGAGGUCAUCCCCGACUUCCUGGGCGGGGAGUGCAUGUGUGAAGUGCCGGAGGGCGGGCUGGUCCCCAAGUCCCUGUACCGGACCGCGGAGGAGCUGGAGAACGAGGACCUCAAGCUCUGGACCGAGACCAUCUACCAGUCCGCCAGCGUCUUCAAAGGAGCCCCGCACGAGAUCCUCGUUCAGAUCGUGGAGGCCUCUUCGGUGAUCACGUGGGAUUUUGACGUGUGCAAAGGGGACAUUGUGUUCAACAUCUACCACUCCAAGCGGUCACCACAGCCGCCCAAGAAGGACUCCCUGGGGGCGCACAGCAUCACGUCUCCUGGGGGGAACAACGUGCAGCUGAUUGACAGGGCCUGGCAGCUGGGCCGGGACUACAGCAUGGUGGAGUCGCCGCUGAUCUGCAGAGAAGGGGAGAGUGUGCAGGGCUCCCACGUGACCCGGUGGCCAGGCUUCUACAUCCUGCAGUGGAAGUUCCACAGCAUGCCUGCGUGCGCCGCCACCAACCUGCCCCGCGUGGACGAUGUGCUGGCCUCCCUGCAGGUCUCCUCCCACAAGUGUAAAGUGAUGUACUACACCGAGGUGAUCGGCUCCGAGGACUUCAGAGGCUCCAUGACCAGCCUGGAGUCCAGCCACAGUGGGUUCUCCCAGCUGAGCGCCGCCACCACCUCCUCCAGCCAGUCCCACUCCAGCUCCAUGGCUUCCAGAUGGCGACUUUGCUGACAGCUGCCAAGAAAACACUCCAGUCACCAGUGCACAUCAGCCCAGGGAUGAUGUGUGUAGAGCUGUCUGACUCUCAGCCCCCCCCCCACCCCCCCGCCCCAGUCUGAGGCUGUGUGCUUUUUAAGUUGGUUGGGAGGCGGCGCUGGGUCACCCAGGGAGUUGAAUGCGUCUGUAGGGCCGGGGCACGGACAGCCCGCACUCCUGUGCGCCCAGCGCUCCUUGUGCAGGGUCUCGCCCAGCUCCCUGACCGGUCCCAUCGCCCGUGCCCGGCGCUCCCAGCGCUGCCGUGCCCCUGCCUUCCCCAGCACUAACCACUUGGUUCCACUUUCCUCCCUGAAUGCAUUAUUUGCAUAUCAACUUCUGUAAAUGUUUUGUAAACCUAUUACCUCACUCUUGGUAAUACAAUACUGAUAGUCUUUACAAGAUUUUUUAUUGUUAUCGAUAAUAAAUGUGAGCUGUUUAAAGAAAA